AUGGAGAGGAAAGGAAACAAGAGGCUGUCGACGCCGCGUGCAAGGAGUGCGAGGCCCAGUACUACGACGGCAACUAGUGGCAGCGGACCAGCAGCAGCCAGGGGGCGAGGGCGGGGCAAGCGCGGUCGCGAUUCGUACGAGGCGGCGGGGCCGGUGGAGCGCGGGCGGGUGACCCCCGAGGCCGCGUGGACGGGCAAGGUGGUGCGGAUCAUCUCCGGCGGCCAGACAGGGGCCGACCGGGCGGGACUCGAGGCCGGCCGUCUUCUCGGCGUGGCCACCGGCGGCACCGCGCCCAACAACUUUCUCACCGAACAAGGUGCCUUCCAGCUGUUCUUUUGUGUCGUGAACGUUGACGAUGCCGACGGUACUAUCGCCUUCCGCCUGCACCCGGGCAAUGGCACCGAUAAGACCAUCGGCUGGGCGCAACUGCGACAAUGGACGUACGGACCGGAGCGAGCGCGGAGCAAGGAUGACGGCUGGCGUCCGGUGCUCGUCAUCGAAGACGUGAGCGACGAGCGGCUGGAGGAGACUGCCCAACAGAUUAGGGGCUGGAUCACCGGCAACAAGAUCGCCAUCGUCAACAUCGCCGGCCAUCGAGAGACGACGAGCGGGAUGGGCAAGGCCUACGGCGAGCAGGUCACGAAGAUCCUCCAGCACGCGCUCGCGGGCCUGUGCGAGCCGCACCAGGCCAAGUGGCCCACCAGUUGA